GCGAAUUGGGAUUGACCAUGGGUAACGAAGAGAGUCAGCCGACGACUAGGCAGGGGCCGAACGUGCUCUCGAGCAAAGAUAUCCGGGGUGUAGCGGAGUACAUGAAGAGCGAGCAGUGCAGGAAGGUGUAUAUCAUGGCAGGAGCAGGCAUAAGCACCUCUGCUGGGAUUCCUGAUUUCCGCUCUCCGGAGACGGGGCUAUACCAUAACCUACAACGCUUGAACCUUCCUUAUGCUGAAGCCGUGUUUGAUAUAGACUACUUCCGAGAGAACCCGAUACCCUUCUACACGUUGGCGAAAGACAUGGACCCCUCCAAGUUCCGGCCCACCCUCACCCAUUCCUUCUUCAAGCUCAUGGAUGAGAAAGGCCUGCUCAACAUGUGUUUCACGCAGAACAUCGACACCCUCGAGCGACGCGCCGGCCUUGCGGGGGAGAAGAUCAUAGAAGCCCAUGGGAGCUUUGCGAGCAAUAGCUGUAUUGAGUGUAAGAUGCCGUUUGAUGAGGAAGAGAUGAGCGAGGCGGUGGAGAAGGGCGAGCCGGCGCGGUGUGAUUCGUGUGGUGGGUUGGUGAAGCCUGAUAUCGUCUUCUUCGGCGAGGGGCUGCCAAGCUCCUUCUUUUCCACCGUUCCAGAACUCCGUUCUGCGGACCUUCUAUUCAUCCUCGGCACAUCCCUCACCGUCAUGCCCUUCGCUGGUAUCUGCCGUCUAGUUCCCGAGUCUUGCCCCCGCGUCCUUAUCAACCUCGACGCCGUGGGCGACAUCGGCAGUAGGCCGGACGACGUCCUCGCCCUCGGGGAGUGCGAUACGGUCGUGCGCAAGCUGUGCGAGGAACUGGGCUGGCUGGACGAGCUGGAACGACUUUGGGCGCAGACGGAAUAUCUGGGGGAGAAGGUUGAGGAGGAGGAGGUUGGAGAGAUCACCAGGGAUAUUGAGCGGAAGCUUAAGGUUUCGGAGGCGGUUGAGCAGGUUGAGCAGGAGAAGCCGGAGAAGGAGGAGGCGACGGCAGUGAGCAAACCUGUUGAAGACGGUGCUGUGAAAGCAGAGGAGGCCAAGGCAACGACGACCGAGAAACCGGAAAUGCCCGAGAAAGAGAGCAAGGAUACAGUUGAAAAGGCCGACGAGACUGAAGAUGUUACACUCCAGACCCAGGUGCUCACCGACCCGUCUAAAGCGGAGCUCGCAAGGAAGGAAACGGCACCUCCAGCUCCCGAAGCUAAGAAGGAAGAAGAGAUCUCCGAGAAAUCUGCCGAUGACGUGACUGCCUCAGAGAAAGUCGAGGUCGAGGCUGAGAAGAAGAGUGUGUUGUAGAAUGGAAGAUUAGUAGAA